AUGGCCUUCAGGACUUGUUAUGGUCAUUAUGAGUUCCUUGUGAUGUCAUUUGGGCUUACGAAAUCCCUAACAGCUUUCAUGGACAUGAUGAAUGGAAUUUUCAAGCCAUAUUUGGACUCCUUUGUCAUAAUGUUUAUUGAUGAUAUCUUGGUUUAUUCCAAGAAUAGAGAUGAGCAUGAGCGUCAUUUGAGGAUUGUCUUUGGGUUGUUGAGAGAGAAAGAGCUUUAUUCCAAGUUUUUGAAGUGCGAGUUCUGGCUUGAUUCUAUGGCCUUCUUGGGCCAUGUCGUGUCAAAGGACGGGAUCAUGGUUGAUCCCAAAAAGAUUGAGGCUGAGGGCAAGGUCAUUGCUUAUUCUUCCCAACAAUGGAAGAUCCAUAAGAAGAACUGCCCUACUUAUGAUUUGGAGUUGGAAGCAGUAGUCUUCACUUUGAAGAUUUGGAGGCAUUAUCUAUAUAGGGUCCACUGUAAGGUUACUUAUAAUGAAGAGAAGUUGGCUAGGAUUUACAUCCGUGAGAUUGUGCGAUUGCAUGGUUUUCCUAUUUCUAUCAUCACAGAUCGAGGUCCCCAGUUUACUUCCAACUUCUGGAGGUCAUUGCAGGCAAAAUUAGGCACUCAGCUGGACCUUAGUACAGCUUUUCAUCCCCAGACUGAUGGUCAGUCCGAGAAGGCAAUCCAGAGGUACCAUUCAGACGGGUCUUAUAUUUUUCGUUGGGAUUUUGUGUUGCUUGAUGAGAAUCUGUCUUACGAGGAAGAGCCUAUAGCGAUUCUAGAUAGGCCGUUUAGAAAGUUGAGGUCUAAGGGGAUAGAUUCUGGUAAGGUGCAAUAG